GCAACACUAGUCAUUUCCGGUUGUUUGCUACUUCAAUACACACCGGCCGCUCCCGGUUCCCCUCUAGUCAUUGUCAAAAUGGCGGACGGAGGCGUCGAUAUAGAUUUGUACGCUGACGAUAUAGAAUCUGAUUUUAAUAGACAGGAUGAGUUUGGAGGUGAAAAUGUGGAUCUCUACGACGACGUAAUAUCUGCACCAACAUCGAAGCCCGAGGACGGAGAUGGACCACCGAAUGCGCCGCCGUCGCAGCAUCCUCCGGAGGAGACCAACGGCAACGCUCCGUACCACAACAACAUACCAAACCAGUCUCAUCAUCGCCACCCUCGGGCACAGCUUUACGUCGGAAAUCUAACUUGGUGGGCAACGGACCAAGAUAUAGCGAACGCGGUCGCUGAUGUGGGUGUGACCGAUUUCCAAGAUGUCAAGUUCUUCGAAAACAGAUCCAAUGGCCAGUCCAAGGGGUUCUGUGUCAUUUCUCUGGGCUGUGAGCAGUCCCUCAGGAUGGUUCUGGAACGUCUGCCCAAGAAAGAAAUUCACGGACAACACCCGGUUGUCACUCUGCCUACUAAACAGGCGUUGAACCAGUUUGAAAGUCAAUCUAAGACGAGGUCCACUCCACCCGGGCCGAAUAACCCCGGCAUGCGCGGGCCUCCCCACCCAGGCGGUCCGCCCGGACCGCACCCCGGAGAUUUCUUCGGCCCCGGUCCCAAUGGCCCUGGACCCAACGGGCCUCGCAUGAUGAUGCCCGGCGGGGGUCACCACCAGAUGCGCGGGCCCCCGCCCGGCCCUCCCCACCACAUGCAGCACCAGGGCCCGCCCCCGCACCACAUGCAACACCAGGGCCCGCCGCCGCACCAGGGCCCGCCGCCGCAUAGACCACCGAUGCAAGGUCCACCGCCUCAUCACAUGCAGCACGACGGACAGGGACCGCCGCACAGACCCCCAAUGCAGUUCCAAGGGCCGCCUCAGAUGCAGCGGCCCCCAGGCCCCCGGCCGGGCCCGGGUCCCGGGCCGGGCCCCGAGUGGGCCCCGCGCGGGCCCCCGCACCACAUGGCGCCGCAGCCGCCGCAGCAGUACGGCCCGCCGCAGCACCAGAUGCCGCAUCAGAUGCCACCCCCGCAUCAGCCGGGUCCGGGCAUGCCGCCGCACCACAUGGGCCACGGCGGACCAGGGCCGGGGGGCCCCGGUGGCCCCGGGCCGCGCGCGCCGCUGCCGCACCCAGGUAUGAACGGUUACCCAGGCGUGGGCCCGGGCGCGCCGGCGCCGCACGUGAACCCGGCCUUCUUCAACCAGCAGCAGCCCGCGCCCGGCCCGCAGCCGCCGCCGCAGCAGCAGCCGCCAGGUCCCGGCGCGCCGUACGGGCACGGGCCCGGGCCGCACGCCGCGCAGGGCCCGCCGCCCGGCGCGCGCCCGCAGCCCUACGGCCGCCCGCCGCAGAGCUACCCGCCAAGCGCGGAGCCUGCGCGCGCGCCGCCGCACCACGCGGCGCCCCUCGCGCCGCACCACGCGCCGCUGGCGCCCGCCAUCAGCGAGGCCGAGUUCGAGGAGGUCAUGUCCCGCAACCGCACCGUCUCCUCCAGCGCCAUCGCUCGCGCCGUGUCCGACGCCGCCGCCGGGGAGUACGCCUCCGCUAUCGAGACGCUCGUCACUGCUAUAUCGCUCAUUAAACAGAGCAAGGUGGCCCACGACGACCGCUGCAAGAUCCUCAUCUCGUCGCUCCAAGACACGCUUCACGGCGUGGAGACCAAGUCCUACAGCAGCACGGAGCGGCGCCGCUCCCGGUCCCGCGAGCGUGAGGCGCGCGCGCACCACCGCGCGCCGCGCCGCCGCGAGCGCUCCGCCUCCCGCUACCGCGACCGCUCCCGCGACCGCGAGGACCGAGACAGGUAUAGGGAAAGGUCGAGGGAGAGAGAUCGCGACCGUGAUGCGUACUACAGGGAUUACCGCGAACGCGAGCGUGACCGCUCUCGCUCUCGCGAUCGCGAACGCGCUGACCACUACAACCGCGGACAUAGCCGGGAAGAAAGUACUAAAACGAGCUCGUCCCUCAGGCCUCGCAAGUCGCCCGUUGAGGCGGCGGCGGAGAGCGGCGCGGGCGACGCGUCGAGCGGCAAGCGCAGCGGCGCCGCGCCCUACUACGACGAGCGCUACCGCGAGCGUCGCGAGCGCGACCCGCCGCCCGCCGACCGCGACCGCGAGCGCGACCAUCGCCGCGACGCCAGGCACUAGGACACAUGGGAACUGACGGCUGGACCACAUGUGUCGCGCGAUAAGGACGAGACUAGCGCGCUGCUGCGUAAUUACGCCAUACAGUCUUGACUAAAAAGAGUAGAAAUUAAAUAGUCUAUUGACGAAUUGUUUUCAGAUUCGAUAAAAAUCAAUUGCUAGCGUCGGACGCCUUUGUCUUGUCUUUAUCGUGUUAUUACCGGAAUGAUUAGGCAAUCUUCUCAUUGCCUCUACGAAUGUCGACUUCGGACUAGUACUUCUUGAACCAAAACAACUUAUUCAUUCGAGUUACAAAUCACAAAAAGAGAGAGUUGUCCGUUGUGUUCGUAGCUAAUUGUAAUUGACUAAAUUAUGUAGCCCAAAUUUUUUUGCGUAAAAACUCUGUUUUACCAUUUCUCUAUCUAGAAUGACCAUUGUAACAACCCCUAUAUUAAAUUUACUUUUGUAUUGGAACAACAUUCCAAAAUUGGACUCCAGGGGUAGGUUUAACUCCGUGAGACUUCACUGUUAUUGAGCUGAAUCUAUUUUCUUAUUGCACAUAUGUGAAUUUAUUGUAAUUUGGCAAUAGGGAAAUCGAUUGAUACCUCACUAGGUUUUAGUCAUAGAUUUUAAGAUUUCCUGUAUGGACUGCUCCAUACAUAAUAGUUAUAUGACACUGAUGAUCUUAGGAUUUACUUUGCAUAAAUGAACAUAAAUAAAAUUGAUGUAUUGAUUCAAA